AUGAACCCUCCGGCCUUCGUAGGAGGACUUGAUCCAAUGGUUGCGGAGAAUUGGGUACAGGAGAUAGAGGAGAUCAUGGCUAUACUCGACUGCACGAACAAGCAGAAGGUCCGUUAUACCGCAUUUAAGAUGACCAAAAAUGCAAAACGUUGGUGGCUUUCUGUGAAGCUACUAGAGGAGCAGAGACUGGUAAAGAUAGCACAGACCUGUGAGCAAUUUAAAGAGCUAUUCUUUGAUAGGUAUUUUCCCUUAUCUAUCAGGGAGGAAAAGAUUGAAGAGUUUACUAACCUGACCCAGGGGAAUAUGACUGUUGGGGAGUUUGUAACGAAAUUUGUGGAGCUAUCUCGCUUCGCAUCCUUUAUGAUCCCAAAUGAGGCAAGGAUGGUUAGAAAAUUUAAAAAAGGCUUGAGAUGA